AUGGCCAGCGCCAGCGGCUGCGUCCUCCCAGACAGCGCCGAGCCGGUGAAACGCGAUGGCGGGUAUAAAGACAACCUGCGUGGUAUGCGUGAGAUACCAAGUCGAGAACGACGUGGGUGCACACUUCUCGGGUAUCAUGGGCAGUUCGGAGAUGUGCUGGCAGGUCGAGAGCUGUACAAGAUCGCACAGGGGGAUGACGUCCGCAAGAGCGGCCGUGCGGAAGGCCAGGGUAAAGCCGUAGACUGUCGUCUAGACCGGAAGGUGACGUCCUGUCUUCUACAAUGGAUGUUUUGUCGAGGAAGGAAAUCACUUCCUGACUUGAUUCAGAUGAUGCCGGUGUGGAUAUGA